UCAGCUGUACUAUGCAGAAGAACCUGCUCCUCAGUCCUACCUAUUCCUUUGGUCCAGCGGUGUCCUGCUUUCACCGGCAGUCUUCUCUCCCCGGUGCCGGCAUCCUCAGUGUGGGUCUGCAGUCUCUGGUCAUCUCCUGUACUGUGUCCACAGUCUCUGGUCAUCUCCUGUACUGUGUCCGUAGUCUCUGGUCAUCUCUGUACUAUGUCCGCAGUCUCUGGUCAUCUCCUGUACUAUGUCUGCAGUGUCUGGUCAUCUCCUGUACUGUGUCCGCAGUCUCUGGUCAUCUCCUGUACUAUGUCUGCACUGUACUGUGUCCGCAGUCUCUGGUCAUCUCCUGUACUAUGUCUGCAGUGUCUGGUCAUCUCCUGUACUGUGUCCGCAGUCUCUGGUCCCAUGUACUGUGUACGCAGUCUCUGGUCAUCCUGUACUGUGUCCUGCAGUCUCUGGUCAUCUCCUGUACUAUGUCUGCAGUCUCUGUCAUCUCCUGUACUGUGUCUGCAGUCUCUGUUCAUCUCCUGUACGGUGUCCGCAGU